CGCCAUGUCAAUGUAUAUGUCAGCACGUAAAGCCGUAGCCAGAUUCUUGAAGACUGUUAUUUUUAUUUAUCCUUUAUAAUUAUGGAUCCAAGUAAUACUAAGCAUUUCAAACGCUGUGCAUGUUAAAAGAAAUAAAGUAUCUCGAUUGUGUGGGGAGGCUGUCGAUGAAUAACUCUGAACCCAAAACUUUGAACCGGAAGUAAAAAUGUUUAUUUCCGUUUCUGCUACUUUCGAGAAGUUAUAUCUUUCAAAAAAGACAUUCUCUUCAGUCCCAGCAAUGUCUGAGGCAGAGACAAAUCAAUCUCAAGAAAGUGAAGGAGGCAACAUGCUGAAAAUCAAAUGCAAACCACCCCCAGUGAUUAAAGAAAGCGAGUUCCGCUAUCAGUGUGAAUGGGACACUUGUGACCAGAUUGAGACUGAUAUGUCAGCAUUCAUCAAGCACGUUGGUACCCAUGUAGUGAAGUAUCAUCAACAGACUCUGCAUGCAGAUUUGGGUACAGGUAUAUGUUACACUUGUGGCUGGCGAGCUUGCGGCACCCAAAUUAUUGGCUCUGAAAUAGAUUUUAACCGACACAUAUAUUUCCAUGUGUUCCACGUCCGAAUCAAGUACGUUGGCACUCACCUCAGCAACACCCUUCGUCUGAAUACUUGUCAGAUUGGAACACAGAGCCGCAACUGGAUACCAGAACUACCAGAAAAUUUAGAAUGUUCUUGGCAAGAUUGUGGUAUUAUCUAUGACAAUCCAUAUUUGUUCUAUUGCCAUGUCAGUCUUCAUGCUCAGGUCUACUCUGAAGGAAGAGAUGUGCCCUGCAAAUGUUUAUGGGCAGAUUGUGAUGCAGUUGUGCGCAGCAGGCACAGGCUGAAGGAGCAUCUACGCAGUCAUACUCAGGAGAAAGUGAUUGCCUGUCCCACUUGUGGAAGUCUUUUUUGCAGUCGAACAAAGCUUGUAGAUCACUUCCUUCGCCAGACGCACUCAGACUUACAGCGGUAUGAGUGCUCACACUGCAACCGUCGCUACACGACCGAGAAGCUGCUGAGAGACCACAUGCGUCGCCAUGUUGACCAUUACAAGUGUCCGGUCUGUGACAUGACCUGUCCUACACCAGCCGCCCUUCGCCAGCACGCACGCUACAAGCACACGGAGGUGAAGCCAUUCAAGUGUGGUCACUGUGAACACAGUGCUAAGUCGGCCUCUGAUCUGCGCAAACACCUGGAGAGCCACAACGUGGAAGACCAGUAUAGGUGUCACAUCCAGGACUGUACCUUCAGCACGCGCAGCUACGGGAGUCUGUCAUUUCACUUCAAGAGGGCACACCAGGGUACCGAGGGCAACCCACGGUACAUGUGCCAUGUGUGUAGCAAGACCUUUGUAAGGGGUGGUUUCCUCUCGAUGCACCUCAAGAAGAAGCACUUUUUUCAGCGGCCACCCGGUCACUCGCGGUUCAGGUAUAAGCUUCAUGAAGACGGCUUCCUGCGGUUGCUGACAAUUCGCUACGAGAGCAUCGACAUCACAGAAUACACCGCCGACGACGACAACGGCGACACUUCGGCCUCUUCCUCGUCGACAGCCUCCGAGCAACAAACCACCAAUAGCAGCAUCAUCAACAACAACAUCGUUCCCAACGUCAUCAGCGCCGCCGACGGCAGUCACGUAACCAUUCUGGCCCCCGUUGCUGCUCCUCUCCCCACCUGGGUCGCGUCGACAGAUGGCGAAAUUGAGCAAAGCUCGGCAACCACCCAGGUGGCGGACAUCUCGGUUGAGGUGGCCUUUGAGGAGGAAGGAGGGGCAAUGGGGACGGGUCGGAAACGUGCGAGGAACCGUUCCACGGUGAAGAAGAAGACUUCCGGUAAAGAGCAGGCUGUCUUCCAGCCGCCUAGACCCGUGGCGACUUCCGGCGAGGCCAGAACGAGGCCGAAACGCCGAAAACAGUGCAGAAAGUGUCGUGCGAAGCGCCGCAAGCUGCAGCGGCCUUGCAGCAUAACAACCACGUCGAGGCGGCUGCUGCUGCAGCAACGGCAGCGGCUUCCAGCGAUGAUGGCGACAAGGGAGGGAAUUCCUUGUUGGAGGGCGCGGGCGACCUGACGAGCAGUGAGUACAGCGACUUCGCCGAUGCCAACCUGCACAUGCUGGGCGACGUGGCCCUCAACCCGCCCAAGGAGCUCAACUCAGUGGUCUCUCUUGCCUUGUGAUAGUUGGAACGCGUGCGCGAGUCUUUCUGGGUCCAUGGCGUCCAUGGCCUCGUCUGUCAUUAGCUGACAUCUUGUUGGUGGGACGAAUGGAUAGAUGACUGUGUUAUUACGGUGUGCGUCGGAUUAUUGCAGCAUUUUCAGAAAAAGAGUUGCAUUUUCAAUUCUUUUUCUUCUUAUGUUGAUUAAGUUGUUUGUGUGUUUGUGUACGUGCAUGCGACCUUUGGCAUCUGUUAUCUUGUGGUGUGGAUAUAAGACCUUCUUUUAGAACCCUUAACCCCUUAACUUUGCAUCUGUGAAUAGAUACUGUAAAUGAAAGAUGGGUUGCUGAUGUAUGUAUGAGCACUGGGGUAGGUUAUUUCGGUAUUAACAUAAUGUAAAAUGCGAGAAGAGUUGGUCUUGUACCCUCUUGUCCAUCUGUGUACACAUCUUUGCGCGCGUGCGCCUGUGUAUGUGUGUGUGUGUGGAGAUGGGGGUUUCGCCAUGAUGUGGCAAGAGUUUGUCGCAACAGUUUUUCUUGAAGUGACUUAGGAACACAACUUUCACAGUGCGUUGGCGAUUUCUGUGCUAGUGUUGAACAAAACAAGUAGACUGCCAACAUAUGCACUCAAAAAAAUAUUAAAUUUAUCUAAAGUCACAGAGACUAGCAGAGAGGAGCUUAGCACUUACCAUAGGCGGCUAUGAAACUGUUCAAGUUUUAAGCGGUGAUAAGAUGUUGAUUGGUUAGUAAGUUUAAGCGUCAACAAUCACAAGUGAAAAGAACGUAGAACUGUUUGGAUCUUUUACCAGCGAUGGAGUUUUUACCCGUGAUUUUUGUCUGGACCAGUAUUGAAGCCUUCAGGCGCCCGAGAAAGGGAUAAAAGGAACCAAACAUAUAAAAGAACAAUAAAAAAUAAUCAGAAUGAGCGCCCGCUUUUACGAAGCACUGCGAUAAUUUUUCAGACGGUGUUUAAUAACAACGCUAGCGUAAUAAAUGCUCGAGAAAAUGGGGAAAACUUGACAGGUGGCGCGAGCAAAUGGAGUGGUUUAUAGCUACAGUCAUGUUCCUCUUGAUGCUGCAGAAGGCGUCAUUGUGUUUCCCCAAAUGUUUCCGGGCUUGUGUUGUUCGUUUUUGUUAACAUACACAAAGCUCCAGCUUGUUGCGAAAACAUCAGAGAGCUGUCAACAUUGCCAGCUUCUCCAUUCCAGUCGAUGCAGUUAUACUCAAUAAAGGAAUGUCAUGGGA